AGUUUAGAAAGGCGUUUCCAGUUAGCUAGUCUUCAGGGAUGUCAGUCUUUGAAAAUGGCGUGCAAGUUAUUUUUUUUAUUUCAAUGGCCACGUAUGCGAGCACAUAUAACAUAAAGAACCACCCAUGUUGCCAAGAAUCGAAUGACAACAUAACUUUGGCAAUGAUAAUCGACGCCUUUGAAAUAUACGGCCACGACCCCACGGAUAAGCUGGAUCAUUUGGCUCAUUACCAGAUUGAAAUGAUGAAAAUAAAGCGUGCACCUGAUCAGUACAUAAUAAACGAGCAUGUUCACAUAGCGACUGACCAUUUGGCAAGAUUCAUACACAUGCACAUAAAGGAAUUAAAGGUACUUCUAAUAGCCCUGGAUGAUGUCAUAGACAACAUGCUAACGAUGUACGACAAUCAUAAUGCAAUUAAAACUGAGCGAGUGGCUACUUACAAUUCGCCUUCGGGAGGCGCCGUACCCUCAGAGUUUUACAUGAGUCAAGAAUUCUACUGCGGCAAGAACGUCUACAUAUUCAUAUCGGAAUUAUACAGUGAUAUUUAUAACAUGGGUCGUGGUAUCACACCAUAUUGUAAAGGCAGAGCGUUCCAUUUCAUAGGCUUCGUUCACUAUCUUGACGAUAAACGGUAUUUCCUUGAAGAAGACCCGAAUGUUGUAUUUGAUAUGGAAAAUUACAUACAUGGUUUGGAAUGCCAUCUUGGAAUUUGUAUAUUCAGAUUUCCAUUCAAAAAGAACCUCCAACAUGUAAGAGACAUUUCAACACUGCCAAAAGCGAUAGUCAAAUGUGGUACAAUUAUGUACAAGCUACCCCCGCUGACGGCCGUCUCCUGCAUUAUCACUUCCGGAUCGUUCAUCCUAGAUUUUAACAUACAAGGGCUACGUUUUAGGCAUUACGAUUAUUUGUUGAUCCUGCCAAACGGUCACACGUACUACACGAAAGAGAAAUACACUCCUCUGGUCUGCGACCAUCACGUCUGUGAAUGGAAUAACACUAAUUUUUAUGGAGGUCCAUUCAUCAUACCAGGAGAUCCAGGUGAUGGUUUAGCGCCUGUCCCACCGUAUAUUGACCAGACUACAGAGCCAUUCCCGAUUUCUACUGAGCCUAAUCGACCGGACGAAAUUAACACUACUUAUACCGUGGACGGUUGCUGGUUCAUGUUUCCACCAAACUAUGGUUCCAUUGCUGGCAUUAGCUAUUUGGAUUCUUUGUCUGUCAACGAAUACCGAUACAGCUGUCAAGGCACGCAGAAUAAGGGUCUAUAUUGGUAUCCUCAAUGGAUGGGUGUGCCUCCUCAUCAUCCAUAUCCGACAUCUGGUGACCGGCCCGGCGAUAUUGCUCAAGUAUCUUCGCCCUUCUACCCUCAUCAACAGGGCAAGCAGGACUGAUUUUGCUUCAAGGAACUGAAAUCUCAUAUAAAAUGAUAUUAAAAUACAAAAUAGAUUUCAA